AGGAGUGCUCUAUACUCACCCGCUUGCUGCUAUGAGGAGGGGAAGCUAUGAUGCUGCUGAGAUAAAACCACACUUGCGUGGUCUGGCCCAGAGAAGACGGUCAGCACCGAGUGUGGUGUUUGAGAAGGUUUUGGCAAAGUCUUGGCCUUCCAUCAGAGAGGACUGUGUUCCUGCAAUCAUGAUAGAUCAAUCUCCAUUUGUGCUUGGUCUGAGCAAUGAGGACUCGGAGCUCAUCCUGGAUGACAUAGUGCAGUUUACAGAGGGACUGAACACCAGAAAAAGACAUGUAUUUCUCUUCAGUGAUGUGUUGGUCAUUGCUAAGCUCAAAUCCAGUGGCAGCUACAAACUGAAACACAGAGUUAACCUGGAGCAGCUUUGGGUUUGUGACUUUAGAAGUGAGAGUGAUGAAGGGUGUAAGGGGAAGAAUAAGGCCAGUAUGAUUGACCAGUAUGAGAAGACACUUGUUUUGGCUUGGUCUGUCUCUCUCUGUCUGGUGACAUUCAGUUUGCCUGAAGUUAAAGAACGCUGGUUAGAUACUGUUCACAGGAAAAUUAAAGAAGCUAGGAAGAGGACCGUUAAAAUUUCAUCACUUCCAAGUGUCCUCAUGAAGGUCUUGAGCAGCACCACCACAAAUAAAGCUUUAAGUGGUGGAGUAAUGGAAGACAGUGCCAUAGAUAAUGCUCUCCAUGGCAACGGCAAUGUCUCCACCCUGCAGUGCAAGAUGGAGCCAGUGAUUGAACAUGAUGGUGGUAAGAAGAGCCUGUUCUCCAAACUAAAGAGAAGAGACACACACACAGGCAUACCUGAAAGACCAGGACACAAGACAAACCUGCUGUUUGGCCAGCCUCUUCCUGAAGAUGCUAAAAUCCCCAAACCUAUUGCUGAUGUUCUUAAACUGUUGUGGAGAAAAGGUCCUGAUACAGAGGGAGUUUUCAGGAUACCAUGUAACAGCAAGAAUCUGAAUGCAGUUCUUGAUCAACUCAACUCUGGGGUUGCAGUGGACUUGGAAGCACUGCCUGUGACUCUGCUAGUUGGAUUGUUAAAAGCUUUCCUAAGGGAGCUUCCAGGAAGUCUUCUGGUGGCCAAGCACUAUGCUCAGUGGAUAAAAGCAUUGGAGAAGGAGGAAAUAGAGGAAAGACAUGCUGAACUGAGAAGGAUUGUUUCCACACUGCCUAAAGCCAACAUCGUUCUGCUGAAGUACCUGCUCUGUUUGCUGUGUCGCAUUAUCCAGCAAUCAGAGAAGAACAAAAUGGACCCCAAAAACUUGGCUACUUGCAUUGGACCAACUCUUCUACAAAUCAACAGCCAGGACGUGAGCACAUUUGGGAAGGUGACAACCAUAACCCAAUACCUGAUUGAAAACUGUGGUGAGAUCUUUGGAGAAAAAACGCUGACUCUGCUUGGAAAUUCAGAAAAAGAGCUGGAAUAUAAUUCAGAUACCACGUCUUCACACCACCACGAUUCAGCUUAUGAAAGCAUCGAUGGAGAGAAUGGAGAGGCGACAGGACACACACAGCAAACCUGUCCUCAUAUCCAAAUCCAGUAUUCAGUGAAUCAUUCCCACUCCUCAGAAGACAUUUUCGAGACUCUUACCAAGCCCUUCGACCGACGCAGCUCAGAGCCUGCUAUCUUUUCCACGGUUGGUGUGAAAGACCGCCGAUAUCUGGCACGGAGUCACGAUGACUGUUCUUCUGCUAAAGAGUAUGAAGAACAGACACUAAAAAAGCAAAACUCUGAUGACUCGUUCCUACAACCACAGAGAAGACCUCUGCAACCUUUGCUGAGAAAAACAACCGGCAGUCUAAACCUUGAAGUACCGGUCAUCACCAAAACUUGCUCCUGCUCCUCAACUUGUUCUUUGGAAAGCACUAACUCGAACGUCUCUGAUAAUUCGGUGUUUGCUAACUCUCCUUUGCCUUCUCCAUCUAGCCCUCGGAAAAUACAACCUGAGAGGCACAUGUCUCAAGCGAAAUCCAAAAUGGACACAAAUUCCACAAGGCGUCCAUUUCCAUUUAAGAGAGCCAAAAGCCUGGGAAGUUUCUCCAUUAGCAGGGCAAGCAGCAAGAAAACAGAGUCUCAAAAAGAGGGCACUUUUCCAUGUGGAACUUUGCAGGAGGACUCUCAGAAUGAGGCAGAGGUUCCCGAUGAACCAGUUAGGCGCCAGAGGCCACUCUCUGCCAUCGAGGUCUUUGAUCAUGUGGACAGACGUGAUCCUGGAAGUCCACCAUCCUACCAACAGGCAGUCAUUUCUGGGGUUCUUCCUGCACCUCCGGGAUACCAUUCCAUGACUGUACAUGAUGCAAGAGAGCAAAGAUCUCGGCCCAUCUCUAUGAACGAGUUCAUCCUGGACUCUUCUUCUUGCCAAAUUUUGGACAAUUUUAACUUUGCAGACAAUGGCUUAGAUGCACCUAUGCAAAGCUCUUUUAGGCAAAGAGCCAUGUCUGAGUCGAUAGGCUGCACCAGAAUUGAAAAACUCAGCCGUCGGUGCAGUCAGCCUGUGUUCGAGGAGCUGUCAUAUGCAAAAGAGUCAUAUGUGUGAAUUAGUAGCUAAUGUGUAAUAGUAGUUUUUUGCUGUUUUCACAAAGCACUUGUUAGGCUGGGGCAUUCCCUGUAAGGCAGUGUGUCAAGCUUUUGAAAUAUAUUCAUGUAAAAAUAAUAUCACCAGUGUGAAGCUAUGUCUAUGUAAAUAGAACAGUAUGUAAAUAGAACAACCUUUUGAAGGGACGGUUCGGCAAAAUGUAUUUUUGUACUGGAGCUACAAGGCUAAUACUGCUAACAAGUAAGAGAAGUCUUUAUCACCAAAAAAUGUGGUGAAAUUCUCUGCCCCAAUUCAAAUCAAUGUACACAUUCGAAUGUAAUAUCAUGCAAACUUACUAAUGUAGUUUAGAAAAAUCUGCAAUCUUUAUACAUUAACAAAACAUCUCUGUGUAGCUGAACCCUGGAAUGUUUUGGGUGCAGCUAUGUUGAAAUGCAUCACGUUUUUUCCUUAACUUCAUUUCACAUUAUUUAGCCUCCUCCUAUAGUGUGGAGAUGGAAAUAUUCCCAGAAACUGGAAUUUGUGCAGACUAUAGCAACAGACUUCUGUUUUAUAAAAGCAUUUAUUUGAAAAGUAUAAAUAUUAUAUUUAUAAUGUACAUAUACUGAAUAUAUGAAGAUUUGAGCAUUUGCUUGCGAAAUUGGGUCAGAUACUAUUUAGCGUACUGUUAGACUUCUGGCUCAAGUUCAAAUCGAAAGAGGCAAAGAUAAAUACCAAUCAUGUCCUAGCUGAUUGUUUACAUUUGCACAAAUUUGGUCAAUUAGUUUUUACCAUAUUAUUUCAUAUUAUUUGUUUUAGUUUUUCUCCUGCGGCAGCUUCUGGCACUUUCAUGAUGACACUUGUACAUUAGAUACAGGUUUGUGUAUAUGCAUGUUUACUUCACUACAAUAAACUUAAUGUUGUAUGAAUCGUAUAUUCAAGACAUUACAGGA